AGAGAGGUAAAAUCUCAAUCACAAGAGAUAUUAGAAAAAUCAAAAGGUAACAAAAAUGUUUAUCGAGGAGCCAGAUAUGAGCGAGCCUGUACGCUGUACGAUAAAAAUUUACGAGAAGGCCUGGGGCCGAGCCCUGAUAAGUUGAAGGAACAACAACCCGACAUGGAGUUAGGGUGUUUUUGCCUCUCGUCUCAAACUUUUGAAAAACAAGAGAGAAAGAAAAGAUCCCGAGCUCUUUUAGGUAGUCUUUCAGAGUGCAACACUGUAACAAGGCGCUUAUAUGGCCUUGCUCUUACAGAAAAUUCCGCUGUUUGCGAAAACUUCUUCAAACCUUAUGUCCAACAGACGAGCUCAACACAUUUAAAAGAAAGACAGACAGUACCUGAAUGGAAGGUCCAGCGAGACUUUCGAAGGCUGCACUGGAAGCAAAGAAAAAGAGAAAAAGGCAAAGUUAUAUAUAUUCAGCCUAUUGGCUUGUUCCCUUCGCAUAUUCUCAAACCAUUAUCUGGUUUUAGUGAUAAACAAGACAUCACAGUCUUUGGGCUACUUCGAAAUUUUGUUGAAGUUUACUUCACGGGGAAGAGGGUUACUGUUUUAGACGAGGUUAACUUGGAUGAUAUGAGUUGUAGAACACGAAUUCACAAGACAACAGGGAAGAGACAAGUUCUAGUUGGAGAUAUCUUGAAGUACUUGAAAAGUUGUCAGCCAUCUGAUGGGUAUUGCACCAUUGGCAUUACCUGGCAGGACCUCUACCCAAGUGAGGACUGGAACUUUGUACUAGGAGAAGCAUCUUGUGAAGAUGGCUGUGCUGCUUUGAGCUUUGGGCACUAUGAGCCUUUAUCCUUUAUGAGCACUGAGAUAUCAGAUAAUGAAGAGAAAAAUACAUCACUCAGUAUCCAUAAUCAAACAGUGGUUGAGCAAGGCACUCAGAAUGAUGCAGAUGAAAGUCAUAAAUUGAACUCUUUCAGUGGAGCACGCCCCAGUAACAAUCAGUGCCUAUCAGGGGGACUGGCUGAGAAACUUGUCGAUAUAGAAGUAGAUAAUGGCAGCAUCGAAGAUGUCAAUGCAAAUGUCAUCUGGAGACUGUUCAGGGGAGUUAGCCACGAGCUUGGCCAUGUAUUUGGGCUCACCCACUGUACAUUCUUUUCUUGUGCUAUGAACGAGAGCAGUUCCAUCACAGAGGCAGAAUCCCAGCCCCUCGUUGUGUGUCCCGUUUGUCUAAGGAAGUUACAGCUUGCUUUAGGGUUUGAGGUGCAGUCUAGAUAUGACAAGCUAAAGGCCUUUCUAGAGACAGUUUGUGCUGGCUUAACUGAGCUACAUAUACCAUCGGAGUGCCAGGAGACAGUAAUAUGUAAGAAAGAAAGUAAAUUUGUCGAGACAAUCAAGUGGUUAGGCAACAUUGAUAAAUGUUUAGCACAAGAAGAGUGUACAAUUGAGUAUUAGUGAAUAAAAUAGGACAAUACCCCAA